CACAUAGUCUAGAUGCAUGCUCACACACUAGAUAGAUCUGUCAGACUGUGGCGAUAUGUUCAAAUAUACAAAUCACACUCACACGUGCACACGGCACGGCAGCAUCGUAUCUCACACCGUACCGUCCAGUGACAAUACAUCACCUGACAGGAGUGGUGAGAGACCAAAAGUAAGGAGGACGAGGAUGAUGAUGAUGGUGAUGGUGAUGAUGUGUGUGUGUGUGUCAUUGCCGCUCGUUCACUAAUAUUGAGGAGAAUUGGGGAUUUCUGAGAAUAUUUUGCUCAUGUGUCGCAGGGGAAUUUGCGUUUCCUGAAGCUGCUUCUGUCCAGGCGAGCUAACUGGCUGCAGAAAGAUUUAGAGGAGAUGACCCCGCUCCACCUUGCCACCCGACACCCCUCCCAAAAGGCCCUCGCCCUGCUGCUUAAACACAUCGGACCUGGAGAGGUUGACACCCAAGACAAGAACAAGCAAACGGCUCUCCACUGGUCGGCUUUUUAUAACCGACCAGAACACGUUCGCCUCCUGAUCAAGCACGACUCCAACAUUGGCAUCCCAGACAGCGAGGGCAAGAUUCCUCUGCACUGGGCAGCGCACAGUCAGGAGCAGAGCGCUACACAGACUGUCCGCUGCAUACUGGAGGCAGCUCCCACUGAGUCCCUGCUGAACUGGCAGGACUAUGAGGGGCGGACCCCCCUGCACUUCGCGGUUGCUGACGGUAACGAGGCAGUGGUGGAGGUGCUGACGUCUUACGGGGGUUGUAAUGUGACAGCUUAUGAUAACCUCUUCAGAACCCCGCUGCACUGGGCAGCUCUGCUCGGCCAUGCCAAAAUAGUCCACCUGCUGCUGGAGAGAAACACUUCAGGCACUAUUCCCUCAGACAGCCAAGGAGCAACACCUCUGCACUAUGGGGCUCAGAGCAACAAUGCUGAGACAGUGGGUGUGUUUCUGUCCCACCCGUCUGUCAAGGAUGAACCCGACCUGGAGGGGAGGACGGCUUUUAUGUGGGCUGCUGGGAAGGGCAGUGAUGAUGUCAUCCGCACCAUGCUGGCCCUCACCCCUCACAUUGACAUCAACAUGGCCGACAAGUACGGAGGCACCGGUGAGCUCCUGAGAAACAGGGGGGGCAACUGAUGCUCCUAACAAAUGUGACCAACACC